AUGGCGACCGCGCGGGCGCGGCACGGCGGCCCUUUCUUCCUCACUCGCCGGGCUGACCGGCCGGCAGUCACAACGCUCCUGUCCGAGGGGGUCCCGCUGCGCCGCCCGUUCGCCGGAGACCCCGGCUACUACGUCUCGGCCAGCAAUGGCAUCGCCAUGGACGGAGCGCGUGUGGCAUUCACAAGCGCCGGUGCGCUCAUCGUCGGCUUCUCCACCACGGUCCGCUACACGGGGCUUCGCCACGACGUGUACCGCCCCUUGAUCGCGGCCUUCGACCGCGCCAUGGGCAGGAGCGCGAGGAGGGUCAGGCCGGCGGUGGCGCCGUUCGAGCUCUGCUACGACUCCAUGAAGUUGCUAUCGUCGCAUACGGGGUACUCCGUGCUAGAGGUGGACGUGAUGCUGGAGGGCGGGCAGAACUGGACGGGUUUCAGCGGCAACUCCAUGGCGCAGCUGGCUUCGACCGAGCUGACGACGUCGUCUGGGCCGACGCCGAGGACGACCUUGGCCCUCCUCCGCCAGCGCCCUGGUAACUCGGCAGCGGCGGGGAGGAGAUACGUGCUCCGCGCCGCACACUCGCACGCGCACUAUCGUUCACUCGCUGCCGGCCGCCCCGCGUGCGUCCACGUCCCUCGCGGCGCCGAUCUGGCAGAGGACGGAAUGGUGUAG